AUGGAAAGUUACCGAAUGGAGCUUCCUAUGUUGAUCCGACUCGAGAUCCAGGCCAACUCUGCACGUCUGGACUUCCACUCAGAGCUUCUGUCCCACUCUCCGAAUGUGACGUAUGUGAAACUUUCUGACAGGACGUACGGGUAUCGCUGUCUUUGUGCAACAACGACCAACAACAACAACAACAACAACAACAACAACAACAACGAAUCUCGGCAGCCACCGUCGCAGCCACCGCAGAAGGCUUCCGCCGCUACCAACGCCAAUGCCAAGCAGAACAAGAAAGUCAACGCCAACGCCAACGCCAAGAAGUGGAACAAGAACGUCAACGCCAACGCCAACGCCAAGAAGCAGAACAAGAACGUCAACGCCAAGAACUGGAACGAGAACGAGAACGUCUCCUCCAACAUGCAAAAGCUCAAGCAGCCCUCCGCCUCUGUCCCCUAUAACUCGUAUGACGAUGAUAAAGACUGGGAAUGGCGCUUUGAUAGUUCCCAGGCCUACAACGAUGUGGAUGAUAACGACGAUGCACAAACCGAUCAGGGAUACACCGGCUCCGACGGUUACUACCGCAUCCCCCAACAUAACCACCACCUUCACCGCCCACAGACCCAAGGUGGUAAUGGACGCACAUCUCUUGGACAGAAGAAGACAGACCAGGCGUACACCCCACCCAGCGGAAAAGGCCGUCGCAAGCGAGGUCGCAAGGGGAAGGGGGACCUAUACGAGAACGACUACCAUGCGGGGCUCACCAAGCCUGAGAUCUUGGCCAUGUCCUCGGAGCGGAAGGCGGCGUUCGAGGCUCAGAAGCUGAGGCGACAACAUCAGCACGAGAGCGUUGUUUCUGUUUGA